UCGCGUAAUGGCGGACACAGGCCGUGCGAGCGCGGCUGGGGGCGUAGCGCGCUGAGGGGGGUCCGGCCGUGUGGCAGCCCGCGAGGCGGUCCGCGGGAGCAGACCCCGUGCAGAGACUGGGCGGGCGGCCGACCCUUCCUGUCGCUGAGGGCGACUGCGGGAGGCCAGCUAUGAAUGGCUUCUUGUUUGGGAAGAGAAGUACGGGCUGUGACAUAAGAUCCAAGAUGCUUCCUACUCAUUCUUCAUGACAGAUCAUCCGUUUCAUGAAGCUUUCUCUGGGAAAAGUUGUUUUUCAUCAUUCAGAACAUUGCCUGAAGCAGGUCCACCAUGCCAUUAGUAACGAGGAACAUCGAGCCAAGGCACCUGUGCCGUCAGACGUUGCCUAGUGUUAGAAGCGAGCUGGAAUGCGUGACCAACAUCUCCCUGGCAAAUGUCAUCCGACAGCUGGGCAGCCUGAGUAAAUAUGCAGAGGACAUUUUUGGAGAGCUCUUUACUCAGGCAAAUACCUUUGCCUCUCGGGUAAGCUCCCUUGCUAAGAGGGUUGACCGACUACAAGUUAAAGUCACUCAGUUGGAUCCCAAGGAAGAAGAAGUGUCACUACAAGGAAUCAACACCCGGAAGGCCUUCAGAAGCUCUACCAUUCAAGACCAGAAGCUUUUUGACAGAAACUCUCUCCCAGUGCCUGUCUUAGAAACAUACAAUACCUGUGAUACUCCUCCCCCUCUCAACAAUCUUACCCCUUACAGGGACGAUGGAAAAGAGGCACUCAAAUUCUACACAGACCCUUCAUACUUCUUUGAUCUUUGGAAGGAGAAGAUGCUGCAGGACACCAAGGAUAUCAUGAAAGAGAAGAGAAAGCAUAGGAAAGAAAAGAAAGAUAAUCCAAAUCGAGGGAAUGUAAACCCACGUAAAAUCAAGACCCGUAAGGAAGAGUGGGAGAAAAUGAAGAUGGGACAAGAAUUUGUGGAGUCCAAAGAAAAGCUGGGGCCUUCUGGGUAUCCACCCACCUUGGUGUACCAGAAUGGCAGCAUCGGCUCUGUGGAAAACGUGGAUGCAGGCAGCUAUCCACCACCACCGCAGUCAGACUCCACUUCUUCACCUUCUCCUGCCUUCUCUGAGGACAACUUGCCUCCCCCACCAGCAGAAUUCAGCUACCCAGCAGACAACCAAAGAGGAUCUGGCUUGGCUGGACCCAAGAGAUCCAGUGUGGUCAGCCCAAGCCACCCGCCACCGGCACCUCCUCUGGGCUCUCCACCAGGCCCCAAACCUGGGUUCGCUCCACCACCUGCUCCACCACCUCCGCCUCCAAUGAUGGGUGUUCCGCCUCCACCACCACCUGUAGGAUUUGGGUCUCCAGGGACCCCACCACCACCUUCACCCCCAUCUUUUCCACCUCACCCUGAUUUUGCUGCCCCUCCCCCUCCUCCCCCCCCACCAGCAGCUGACUACCCAACUCUGCCACCACCUCCCUUGUCCCAACCAGCAGGAGGAGCCCCUCCUCCUCCCCCUCCUCCCCCUCCCCCAGGGCCCCCUCCUCUCCCUUUCAGUGGUGUGGAUGGCCAGCCUGCCAUACCACCACCACUUUCUGAUGUCACCAAGCCUAAGUCCUCCUUGCCUGCUGUGAGCGAUGCCCGUAGUGACCUGCUUUCAGCCAUCCGUCAAGGCUUUCAGCUGCGCAGGGUUGAGGAACAGCAGGAGCAAGAGAAGCGGGAUGUCGUGGGCAAUGAUGUGGCCACCAUCUUGUCACGUCGCAUUGCUGUUGAGUACAGCGACUCAGAAGAUGACUCCUCUGAGUUUGAUGAGGACGACUGGUCGGAUUAACACUUUCUGCCGCUGCCCACCUUCUUUUUCUUUCCUUUCUACCUGCCUUCUUUGAUGCCUACCCCAACAGUCCCAUAAGGGAGGAAAAAAAGAAUUUCAAGGGGCCAAAGCCUUCCCUGAAGCAACCAAAGAUAUAUCCAAGUGCUUCCUCCAAAUCAACAUGUAUUUCCUCUUCCCAUUGUCAGGCCCUGUGGGGCUCCAGAGGUUCAGUAGCCGGGAUGUUCCCUCUUCCCUUCAAGUGACUGUUGUGUAUUGAAAGGAAGGAAAAACCCCAAAGCAGAUCCCUUUGAUUGAGUUUCAAUUGGAGAUGGUGCCUUCCCCUAGGAGCCAUAUUCAGGUGUGGUCUCCUUCCAAAAUCCCUGCCCUCAGCCACUUCAAUUAAUGUCAGCCAUCUCCUGGUCCUAAAGCAGCAAGAGUGGCCUGUGUGGACACAGCAGAAGGCAGAGCAGGCUGGAGGCCCUAAUCAACAGGGUGGGGCUGCCUUGUGCUGAGUGAUCUCUGUGCCAGGGAUGCCCUUUAUUCCAGGAGGCAAAAAGCCUCUAAAGAGUGUCUCGCCCCUUCUGCCCAGAAAUGCUGCCUUUCUGAAGGCUGAGCUUGUUGCCUCCCUCUCAGGCUCCCUCAUGGUGAAUGUGGCGUUCAGGUGUCCCUGAAAUGCCCCUCCCUCACCCCUAGGUGCCUUCAGGCAGCACAGCCGUUUUAACCUCCAAUAUCCAUGACCAAACUACCCCUGACACACAGGGCCCGGGGCCUCUGCUGGCUGUCAGGAGCAAAGCUUAGAGACUUGGAAUGCAGGACUGCAAGGAGGGUGGAACUCCUUGGGUCCUACCCUCUUAAGAAUGCCGAGACCUAGAGGUGGGAAGUGACUUGCUCGAGGUCACACAGUUGGAUAGUGACAGAGCUAGAGCCCAGAGUUCCUGAUUCCAAGUCACCUGUGCUUUCUGGGACCAAGUAAUGGGCACCUGCUGGGGUCUGGGCAGAGCUGUUUUGGCUCUAUGCUACUCCAGACUUCACCAUAGGUGGGGGCCCCAGUAGGAGGCCUUGGGCCUUUGCCAGCCUGUCAGUGCUGCUUGACCCUCCUCCCCUCUCUCAGAAUUCUUUGGUUGCACCUUCCCUAUCACCAGCCAACCACAUGGCCUUGGGAGCUGCCCUUCUGGGAGACCAUAAGUAGUGAGAGAAGGAAGGGGGUAGGCAGCUUUGACAGGUGCUGUUUUCAAUUCCUCUGCAACUCCUCCCCCUUUUAUUUCCCCAAUUUAAGCAUAGGUUCUGCCAACUGUGGAAACUUCAGUCCCUCAGGCUGGCAGCUGUGCAGGUACCUGCCUGGGGGGGCCUGGCAGCCGUGAAGCAGGCUGAAAGGCAGAGGGACUCCGGGUCCUGUUUCCAGCUUCCCCCACACCCUGCACUGCACAUGGUGAUGUUCCUUCUGUUCCUCCCCCCUUUUUCCCAGAGCUAAUACACAGGUGCUAUUAUUCAGAAAAAAAACUGGUCAGCUCUGGCCAACAGUGAGGUUUCUUCUCUUCUGCCCUAACUAUUGUGUAGCCUCUCAUGCUGAAAUCGGCUUCUCCUGGCUUCUCUGGCUUUCAGAGCCCUGAAACAAAGAGAAACAGGAUCUGUCUCUACCCAGCACAGCAAAUGGUUGUAGUAAUUGCCAAAGCCCUCGUAAACCCCUCCGGCUUGAGGAGAAUGUGUAUAAUCAUGGGUACUGCCUCUGUGCCCUUGCUGAAUGCUUCCCCUCUGCCUUCUUUCCCGGAUCUCAGGACAUGGGGACUAAGCCUGCUGCAGCUGCUCCCAAGCGUGCCCUCUCCCCCUCUCCAAAGAUCAGGUGUCUUUGGCACAGGACUUGGCACCUAGCUCCAUACCAAGACACCAAGCUAUGUGGGCCCCCCGCCUUGUCUCCCACCCCCCACUUUGGAAGCUGUAGGAGUGUAGGUGCUUUCAUCAGAACCCUAAAAUGGCCGUUGAAGGUGCCUGGGCUGCAACCCAGCGGUGGCUGGAGAGGCAGGCAGAGGGCAGUGGUUCUCCCAAAUAGGAGUCCUGGGGCCUGGCCAGGCCAGGGUUUGGGCCUAAUGGCUUUGACUAAAUUACCCCCAUCCUCCUCCUUUCCGGAAAAGGGGGAGCCAGAGCCGCUCACUAUCAUUCUGCUCUGACCUUGAAGGGGGUGGUAUUGGCCUGGCUUCUGGAAUGGACAGAGUCCACCGUGGAAAGGGCUGGGGGCAGGAGGAGGUGGGGAGGGGCACUGCCUGCGGAAGGUAGGAUUAGAUCAUUAGCUCAGUGACCUCCUAGGGUUUCGAUGUGCUGUGUUCUCAUCCUACAGCUGGUUUGGUAAUGAUCUGCAAGUCCCGGAGAGCAACAGCACAGCUCUGCCUGACGCUCUCAUUAAAAUCUAUGCAGCCAAGCUCGGCGCUUUGUAGCAGCCGGCCUUGCGAAGCCUCCUCAGCUCUGGGGGCUGGGGACCCAGUCAGCCGAGAGGCCCUCUGGGCUCUAUUUAUGCAUAUGUGCACCAAAAAAAAAAUUGCUUCCUUAAACCUAGAGCCCUUUAAGAUGAUAAAGGACCCAGUGCAGGUAAUCAUGUGUUCUGGAAUCCUGUAAUUGUAGAAUGCAAAGUUUAGUGAUUAUUUAAACUGGGCUGAGGGUGGUAAGAGUAUUGGAACAAUGGCCUGUAAGGACUCUUAAGAAGCAAUGAAACCAAGGAGGCUCCUUCCUUCCUAGUUUGCCCAGCCCAGGGGACCUGCCCCCAUUCCUGUGGCCCAGGGGCCCAGCUUCCAGUCGGCAGUGUCAGAAGUGACUUGUGGCUUUGCCUUGGUCGUGAGAUGGGUACAUUCCAAAUGUGGGGGUGGGGAGGAUCAGCGAGCCCUAGGAGGCUCAGAGCAGCCGCCCAAGCUCUAGCUUCUCCAAUGGAAGCUGGAGCGCCCUCAGAAAUGACCCUGGCCAAUGUCACCGCAGAGCCAAGGCGGUACUGUCAGGGUUAAUGUGAAAUCUCUUCCCGUGGCGCCGAUCCUCCGACUCUGCCGCGCCAGCUUGGACAGAUUGAGGUCUCUGUGGCUUUGGUGACCCUGCUUAAGCAUUCCCACCGUGUCCCAGCUCUGCUCUAGGACUGCCUCCCGCUGCAGCCCUCACCUGACCUCAGGGCCUGGGGAGGAAGGCAGUGCUGCAAGACCAGGGGGCUUUGCUCAUGAGAGAUGUCAGGCUUCCUGGGGGGCGUCAGGCUUUGAGCUCUGCUGGGGUCCCGCCAACCUGGGACCAGGUGUUGCACAGAGAUGUGCCUCAUUCUGUGCCUCCUGCCACGUUCACUUUAAUAGUGCCUCAGUGAGGGCUAGGGAACAAUUUUUGUUAUUGUAUUAACUUUAUUCAGUUAAUUCAGUUGAGAAACUAACCAAUUUUUACAUUCUGUCUAGAAUGAUGUACAUGUAGGAGAGUAAGCCGUAAUGUUCCCAAAGUGCCUUGUCUUCUCUAAAAGAAAUAUAUUUAUAAGGACAUAUUCCAGUGGGUUCUUGGGUGUGUUUACCACAUCAAGAUUUUAGGGAGUGGGUGUGUAUGUAGUGGGGAUACAGUCUGAGAACAGGAGCUGAAGAGAUCUGAGUGGUGGGGUUAAGCCAAACCCCUAAACUGACCCUUUCCUCUUCUGCCCUUCUCUCAGACCCUUAGAGGACAUCCAGUUUUUUAAAGCCCUGUGGCUCCAAGCCUGGCCUCAUUUGCUCACCUGCCAGGCUCUUGUGUGUAACAUUUGUACCCCAGUGACCAUGAUGUUUCCAUGUAACUGUUUUAUGUAUACACAUGAAUACUUAAAUGCCAACAUUUUAAAUAAUUUGAUAAAGUCUCUGUAGCCACUCAGUCA